AAUUUCAAGGUUAUCGAACCGCCCGCCAAAUUCACUGUCAAUAUGUCUGACACUGCUCGUCUCGGUACUUGGUGAAGUGUUUAUUUUCAAAGUUUUCGCGGUAAUAACUGUGAGAAAAUGUUUUUGGCUGAAAGUAACACAUAAACUAAUGACAAAUUAGUAGUGAAGUUGCGAGGAUAGUCUUCGAACUAAGAGUGUUUUGCUAGUGAAGUUUCCCACUAUCUUCGGUCCACUGUUAACAUGAAUAGUUUAAAAAACUACUUCAGCCCAACGAAGCUGGAAUCGCCAUCAACGCAAACUCUAUCUGAACCAGCAACACCAUCAACUCCGAAGCUUGCAACGACCCCAUCAACUAAAAAUGGUCCAACACCCAAACCCUCUCCCAAAACACAGAGUCGUCAAAUCAUAUCAAAUAUGGAGUCUGUGAUAAGUUCUGUAAAAAAGAAACAUCGGCAUCGGAGGAGAAAGGAAACUAACGGGUUGAACAAAUCGGAGCCUGAAAUCACAGACAUUUCGAACAUCCUCAGCAACAGCUUAAGCUUCGUAUCACCAAACACCACCCAGGAAAAAGUGAAAGGUAGCACUCCCGACUUAAAAGAAAAUGUCGCGAGUAAUGGUGUCGUGGAGGUUGUUAGAAGGAGAAGCAAAGAAAAGAGACUGACAAAUUCUGGAAAACGUCGAAAGAACUCCUUGAAAUCAGCAACCGUAUCUUCAUCUCAAAAGUCUGGAUUGGAUGAAGACGAUGCGAAAUUAAUUUCCACACAAGAAAGCUCUGUAGACACGAAUACUCCAACCCAGUCAUCUGCAAAGGAUACAUCAUCUGAAGUGACGAUCGUCGACGAUGACCCUAAACCACUGGAAGAAAACACGACCCCAAAAAUUAAUGCCUUCACAUUUAUGAUGAGCGCUCGUAACCGUACAAUUGGUUCGAAUCAAGCGGGAAAAGAUCCAUCGCAAGAUGAUUUAACAUCUCCAUCAAAUCCUGAGAAAGUAAAACGUAAGUUGAUGCUGCAAGACUGGGCUGAUCGCAAAGGCGGAAGAAAAAGGAAACUAGAAGAGCUUCAGCGUGAGGAGUAUGUGGAGCAUCAAAUGGAGCAACGAGCGAAAAGGUUGAAAAAAAUGCUUGUUAAUUCACCAAAAUCAGUGAAGAAGACGAGCAAAAGGUUAAAAUCUGCAGCUGCUAGUACCGAAGCCAUCUCGGCCUCUUCCUCCCAAGAAACUCUCAAUGAGGAGCCACGGAGUGAAACUAAAAAUACACGCACUCGACGUAAGCCAAGGGGGAGACAAAAUGAAAUUACAGCGCCGCCAGACUCAUCAGUACCAACAGACUGCUCACCUAUUGUGAAUGGGAAAAAUUUAUCUGCUCUGCGUAAAAAACGAUCUCGACGAAUUUCCUCGGCUGAAUCCGAUGGUAGUGUCGUUUGUAGCCAAGAAUCGGAUUUUGUUCAAAAGUUAUCGUCGCCAAUAAAAAAGCGUGACAGUUUGCUGGGGUAUUUCCCGAAAAUCGUUUCCCCCACAAACGUGAAAGAGGAAAAAGAAAAAGAUUCUCCUGAGCCAAUUGAAUGUAAACAAGAGGUAAAAACUAGGAAGGCUGGCCGUAAACCAAAAAACUCUUCAAAAACCGUGGAAUCAAAAGAAAUUGAUCCACCUGCUUCUGAAGCGGAGACGCCGACAAGCAGACCUCGGAGAUCGUGCGCCAACCGAGUUCACUACGAUGAAGAGUAUUUCUACGGUAGUCCUGAAAAGGUCGAGCCUAGGCGGCAGAGAUCGACAAACAAAACCAGUGAAAAGAACGAAGACAAGGGAAAUGAUGAUGUAAUUUGCUUAGACAUUUCAACUGAAAAUUCCUCGGCGCAGAAACCGAAAAAAUUGGCUCCGCUGUUUAUCAAGAACGUUCCAAAACCCGCUAUAGAUCCUGCCAUCAUGCAAGCUCGAAAGGAUUUCCUGAUGUCUGGAAUUCCCGAAAAACUGAAGCUAGAAAUAGCCAAGCAGAAGCAAUUUGAAGAAAAUUACGAGAUCUCAUUGGAAUCACUGUUUCCAAAAAUUAGUCACGUAGGGCACGAAAGUGAUGAGGAACGAGUGGCUUCCAAUCGGAGUAUUGAUUGGGAGAAAUGCGGCGUUUCUUGGCAUGAGAAGACAAAUAGCCCAGAUAGGCUUAGUAAAGUGCACAAGGUGAAUGGUUUGAAGCCAUUUACUCCAUUGAAAAAGCCUCUCCCAACGCUCGGCACCUUAGACGAAGUGGAAAACAAGGUUGAUAUCAUCAAAACGUUGAAGGUUUCUUAUGAAAAAUUCCCAACGUAUCGAUGCUAUAAGCAGCUGCGAGGGAAAUACAAACAAACCAGAAAAUUGGCUGUACAACAAGUUUCGGAUUCAGUUGUGAUGCUGAAAACGAACAGCAAAGUUAACGAUGAUGAAAACGGUUUUAGCGUCAACGGCGAGAUGAUGUUUACCGAGAAAUAUAAGCCAAUGACUUCCGAUCAGGUUUUAGUCAACCUUCAACCUGUCAGCCAACUGAAAAACUUCCUCUCCGGCUGGCAAAACGGAAGAUGUUCCGCUUUUAAUGAUAGCUCAGAUGAUUUUGAAGCCAGCAAUGAUUCGAACUAUUCGGGAUUUUGCAAUUGCGUUGUGUUAUGUGGACCUAGUUCUAGCGGGAAAACCAAUGCUGUGUUUGCUCUGGCCAAUGAACUAAAUUUUAAUGUGCUUGAAAUAAACGCGGGGAUGAAAAGGAACGGAAAAAAGCUUCUACAAGAAAUGCAAGAGGCUACUCAGUCUCAUUUGGUUAAAAGCGAUAAACCAAAUAUGCUAAAGAGAAGCCUCAGCGGUAACAAAGCAAAAGACUUAGAUGGUAAUGAUAGCUCCUCGAUCUCCGAUUUAAGUGGAAGCGCGAAACUAUCUUUGAUUUUGGUCGAGGAUGCAGACAUUGUAUUCGAACAGGAUUCAGGAUUUGUUGAGGCUGUUUACCAACUAGUCAACACCUCUAAACGCCCCGUUAUCAUAAUUUCAAACAGCCUGGAAUGUCCACAUUUGACGCGGUUACAAAAGCAAUCAUGCAUUGAGUUUCCCAAACCCAAUGUUUUGAAUAUAUCAAAAUUCUUGUCGGUUAUGUCGCUGGUCGAAAACUGUUUCGUGGAGCUAGACGAUAUCAUGAGACUCUACCUGUACAAUGAUCGCAACGUGAGGAGAACACUCCUGGAGAUGCAAUUCUUCAUACAAAGCGGAGGAGACAGAGUUCGUGUGAAGCCCGGUAAACCGUCUAAUUUGCAGUCGCCGCGUAAAUUCUUCAAGGACGAUACUGAAAGCGAGAUUGUCGACGAUGUGGUCCCUGUGGACAAAACUGCAGCUUUGAGUGUUUAUUCACAUCAAACGUUAUUUGAUUUCUUCACAAUCAAUCAAAACUCAGACUAUUUGAUACAGUGUCCAAUUGAUUUUGAAUGUUUGCAUUAUAAUUUGGAUACAAUUUUUGAAAACUUGCAAAAGCCACCGGAAAAACCUGCAACUCGUGGUCGACGAUCCAAAAAUUCUGCGCAACAUACUUCAAAGGCUCCUGAAAGCAUUGAUAAUAUCAUUCAAUUCUAUGAAAAUGCUUCGGUGGCAUCAUAUCUCACAUCACCUGAAGUUGAAAGUCGUCUAAGUGAAAAUUUAGAAGAGACCAUAGCUCAUACUUUAGUAGAAAAAUCACUCCGUGCGCAUUUACAUUUUAAAACGAAAAUCGAUAUGGCUCCGAGGAGUAAACCGGAACGACUAUCACUGUCAACCUACCUUCCGCAAUCGAUCGUUCGCUCGAAUCGGUCAAUCGAUCUUGAUUACGAACCUGUCCUUCGAUCGAUUUGCCGAAGUGAGAAAGCUCGAUCACAAGUGGAACGACGAGGUUCCCGAUUUUAUCAUUAUCUCCGAAAUAUUUGUACAAGUACCAAUAAUUUCUCAACGAAUGAGUUCGACAGGACGUGCUCUGUAUUGAGUGUUUCGACUGGUAGCGAAGAGAAUUCCGUAGAUGUUGGAAGUAAAGAUAAAUCGACAGAAUAACUGAGGAUAGUUUAGAUCGAUAUUAGUUUGUAGAUACUCUUAGUUCAUAGUUUUAGGUAAAUUUUCUUUAUAUACCUCGAAAUUGUGGAAUAGCGUGCUUGAACUUUUCUAAAGUUUUAAGUGUAUUUUUUACCCCUUCUUAGGUGAGGUUUUAUGUGUAUAGUUUUUUCUCGACGGAACUCUUUAUAUUAUUGAAGAAAUAAAAUGUAUUUAUCGUGACGUAAA